UCGCUGAGUGUUAUUGCCAAACAAUGCCGCGGGUGGGAUGAGAGAGGAGGAGGGCUCCUUCCCUCAAGGCCCACGCGGCUCCCCUCCGUCUCGAUAGUCUCCCGACGCGCCUGAGAAAACCUUUGCCCCGUUCACCGGAGCCCGAAGGCAAUUCGGAGCGGGGUUUUCGAGCGGUAGGAGAUGUGAAUUUUAAUGGCAGUGAGUGCGGUGGUGGUGGUGGUGGCGGUGGUGAUGAUGACAAUAAUAGCAGUAGCAGCAGCAGCAAAGCGAAGACAUUGACAAUAGCAGCAGCAGCAUCGGCAGUUAUGGGUAAAAAACACAAGAAACACAAAUCGGAGAGACGCGACUACAAAGCCGGUCUGUGUGAGGCCGCAGAGCGGACGGACAAACCGCUCCGCCUCGUGCUCAAGGUGGUGGGCGCCACGGUGGCAUCUCUGACCACCAGCUCGCCGGCCGCACCCGCCACUGCCUCCACCACCGUCGCCGCCACCACAACCACAACAGCCUCGAGCGUGACCACCGCUGCGACCACCGACGCCGCCAACACAACCGCCACCGCCGCCAGGACGCACGAGCCCCCAGUCUCCGCCGCCGCCGCCGCCGUCGUAACCGUCACAGCCGUCGCCAAGACCGGGCCCUCGCCUUCGCUUGGCUCGACUGACGGGCCGCAACCGGAGCCGGACGCCGAGCCGGAUCGGAACGCAGACUCGGAGCGGCACCGCGAGCGCCGGAAAAAAAAGAAGAAGAAAUCGGAGAAGGAGAGGGAGCGCCGGCCCGGUGAUGAGGAGCGCCGGCGCAGGAAGGUGGAGAAGAAGAAGCAUCGCGAGAAGGAGCAGAACGGCAGCGACGCGGACGAGGAGUUCUCUCCACCCAAGAAGGUGGAGGUGAAGGCUCCGCCGGUGCCGGAGCGACCCCUGCGAGCCUGCCGCAACAAGGACCAAGGCACCGCCGCGUCCACCCGCUCGCCCACUCGCCCACUCGCUCACUCGCUCACCCGCCACCGUGACGCCCAUCAUUUUAAAACAUCGAUUGCGGAUUAUCGCGGCUUUGAUUACUCGAUUAUCAACUUGAAUGCUCUACGAGUCGGACAAGGGGGCCACAGCCGGGAUGUCCGAUGAUUAUUGAAGCGAUUAGCCCGAUUAUCGGUUUGAUUAGCCCACUGUCGGUUUGAUUACUCGGUAAAACCGAUUAUCAGUUCAAUCACUCAAUAACACGAAAAUAGUCGUAAAAAAUAGCCUCACCUCACCUCUUAAGAAAGUGACUGUUUUCUCAGUUAACCUGAUGCACCGGACUUAACCUCAAGUACUAGAGUCUUAACAGUGAGGGGAUAUUAUUCUUUCGUGUCAAAAUUAUUGCCAUUUUUUUUUUGGGUUGUGAUUUAUUUUUUUGUUUUGCGUUGCGGUUGUCGAUUAGAGAUCACUUUCAUAUUUACUAUCAUUGAAUAUUUUAAGGACAACUUCGGAACUUUUUCUGGCGGGAGACUUCCUGAGCGUUUCCAUAGUGUGCUCGUGUGGUGCGAUACCACGUGGACGCCACUU